UAGCAAUACGUUUCAAAAAAGAGGCAGAAUUUAUGCAUUAGUCCUUAUCUCUCCUUGAAUGCUUACAGGCAUAUCAAAUCUCAAUCUUAUCUUUUUUACACAAAUCAAUUACUUACUUCUCUUCUUUGGUGGUGGUAAACUAACAGACAAACAAACAUGCUUCUCCUGUGUUGUUACUCUUCUAGUGUUGUUUGAUUCUUUGUUCCUUCCUGCUUCCGAUUUGCGAUUCUGGUGUUGCCGUUUCUUGUUUCUUGUUCGUUCUGCUUGCCGUUUCUUUGUUCAUUCUCUUUGUUCAGCGUCCGUCCGAAAUCGCGACAACUUUAACGCGACCGCGACCGUUAUUUACAACCUUGAGUACAAUUAAGCAUGGUGGUAGCUAAAUCUUCUUCAGCUUCUGAUCCUAUCAACAAUAAUUGCUUCCCUUGUUCCAAUGGCACAACAAUAUCCCUCUCCACUCUCUCACCCAAUUCCAUCAUCGAUGCUCAGAAGGGUGAUCCAUUGGCAUUUGAAUCAUACUGGAAGCAGAUGAGUGAUGAAUGUACGGUUGUGAUUAAAGGAUGGGAAUUGAUGAGUUACUACAGUGACUCGAGUAACAUGUGUUGGUUCAUGUUGCCAGAAUUGAGGGAUGAGAUAGAGAGACUUCAUCAUUUAGUUGGAAAUGCUGUGACCAAAGAUAAAUACAUAGUUGUUGGAAAUGGCUCUUCUCAACUCUUCCAAGCUGCUUUGUUCGCUUUGUCUCCUUUAGAUGUCCCUGAUCACCCUAUCAAUGUUAUUUCUCCUACUCCUUAUUACUCGGAAUACAAAAAUGCAAUUAAUAUAUUGCAUUCAAGGAUGUUUCAAUGGGGUGGUGAUGCUGCUGUGUAUGAUAAAAAUGAAUCUUACAUAGAGGUGGUGACUUCCCCAAACAACCCUGAUGGAACCCUUCGUGUACCAGUGGUGAACUCUGCAGCUAAAGGGAAAUUGAUUCAUGACUUGGCCUAUUAUUGGCCACAAUACACUCCUAUUACUUAUGAGGCUGACCAUGAUGUAAUGCUCUUCACAUUCUCCAAAUGCACUGGUCAUGCUGGUUCCCGUAUAGGCUGGGCUAUUGUGAAGGACAUUGAAGUUGCUAAGAAGAUGGUGACAUUUGUGCAAUCAAGCUCAAUGGGCGUAUCAAAAGAAUCCCAAACAAGAGCAGCUAAGAUCAUUGGAGUGAUUUGUGAUGGUUACCAAAAUUUCAAGUCAAUUGAAUCUGAACUCUUCUUUGAAUAUAGCAAACGUCUCAUGAGAGAAAGAUGGGAGAAUUUUAGAGGAGCUGUUGAACAAAGCAAGGUCUUCACUGUAACCAAGUAUCCAAGGGCGUACUGUAACUUCACCAAUGAGAUAUCUGAAACAUACCCUAGCUUUGCUUGGUUGAAAUGCGAGGAGGGCAUAGAAAAUGCUUAUAAUUUUCUAAGAAAAAUGAAUAUUUGUGCAAGAGAAGGGGAGCGAUUUGGUGCUGCUGAUUCAAAGUAUGUUAGGGUUAGCAUGCUUGUCAUGGAAGAUGAGUUCAAUGAAUUGUUGAAGAGGCUAUCAAAUGCUAAAAUAGAAUAAGAUCAGAUGAUGCGAAACAGGAGAGUUGCUACAGUGCCUUAAAAAACUUGUGUUUUGGCACUGUUUAUUGCUAAAUAAUUUAAUAAAAUUGAAGUU